AUGUCUUACAAGGAUAUUUCUCACUGCAAGCAGCUUCAACUCGAUGCGCAGAUACCACAUCUGUGGCGUCUGGAAGUCUCGCAGAUUCCACCCGGUCUGCUUUCUACGGCCGACUCAAUCACGAACACGAGCCAAUAUGAAGCCAUCAAUGUCAUGGACAUUCCGCGGACAUGCGGGCUUCUCACAUCAGAUGAGUUGCUUAUCACCGAGCAAUACGAUGUACGCUCCUUGCUGGGUGCCAUUCGUGAGAGGAAGUUGACUGCAAAGGAGGUAGUCCACGCUUUUUGCAAGCGAGCCGCAAUUGCACAUCAACUCACACGUUGCCUCACGGAGCCUGUCUUCACGCAAGCCCUUCAGCAAGCCCAGAAGCUCGACGACCAUCUCCAACGCACCGGCCAGCCCAUUGGUCCCCUACACGGCCUCCCUGUUUCCAUCAAAGAUUCAUUCCAUAUCACCGGCGUAGACUCCACCACUGGCCUUGCUGCCCUGGCCUUUCACCCAGCAGCCCAAAGCUCGCCGCUCGUCAACCUCCUCACCUCCCUGGGCGCUAUCAUUAUCGCCAAGACCAACGUCCCUCAGACCAUGGGCGCCCUUGACUCCUGCAACCACCUGUUUGGCCGGACGCUCAAUCCACUCAACCGUCGCUUGACCGUCGGAGGCAGCACGGGAGGUGAGGCGGCCCUCCUCGCAAUGCGCGGGUCGAUGGUCGGCUUUGGCACCGACAUUGGCGGUAGCAUCCGGAUUCCUGCCAUGUGCACCGGGCUGUACGGAUUCAAACCCAGUGCAGGUCGCGUGCCAAUUGCAGGAAGUCAAGAGGCAGGCAGCAUGGUCGGCAAGGGGAGGGUCAGUCUUCAGCCGGUGGCUGGGCCUCUGGCCCGCUCGGUCGCAGAUCUGGGGGUCGUGAUGGCCGAGAUCGUGCCUCGCACGGAGCUCUUCAGUGAGGAGGGAAUUCCAGGCAGAUGGUUUGAUAGUAGACCUCCCUCUGGAAAACGCAAAAGUUUCACUAUCGGGAUCCUCCGUCGCGAUGGGCUGAGUGAGCCGCUUCCACCUGUCGCCAAGGUCAUCGACGAGGUAGCACAGUUACUGCGACGGACGCCCGGAGUCAGGGUCGUGGAGAUCCCUGUGCCUGCGGCUCUGAGCAAAUGCCAAGGUAUUGCUGGUCGACUGAUGGGGGUUGACGGGGGCAACCCCAUGAUGGAUCUGCUGGAGAGCACCGGGGAGCCCUUGAUACCCUGGCUGAAGGGCCGGAUGAAGCGGGGUCGGGAAAUGACGCUCGCGCAGGUAGGCGAGUUGCAAGCACAACGAGCCCAGCUUGAGCGGGAGAUGCUGCAAAUGUGGACGUCUCGGGGGGUGACAGCAGAUGCAAGUUACACUCGAGACAUUGAUGCGAUCAUCCACCCGGUCGCGCCGCAUCCAGUGCCGGAAUUGGAUCGGUACAAUGCGGUUGGGUAUACUUCGUCCUGGGUGCUGCUUGAUUACCCGGCGGGCACCAUUCCCGUGCGCUCGUUCAAAGAGGAGGAUCUGGAGCUGGGGACGGAGAUGACGGCACCGGUUUUGGGAAGCUGGGAUAAGGCUAAUCGGCUGCUAUGGAACCAGAAGACUGUGGAUCGCCGAGUGUACUUGGGUUCGCCGCUGAGUGUGCAGGUCAUUACGCCCAAGCAGCAUGACUACGAGCUCUUCCAGGCCAUGGAGCUGAUUGAUCGAGUUGUGAGGGGAGAUGCGCAAGUUCCUGCCAUGCUUUGA